AUGUCUAAUUCUAGAGCACAAAAUGCCCUUGUUGCACCAUCGAAGAUAAUAGAUUUGGUCGACCAAGCAUUAAAAGCGCGACUCUUGGGCAGUAGCACUUUCUAUUCAGGAUUUGAAAGUUUGGAUUCUGUGCUAAAUUUACAAUUUAGACUACAUUACCAUGUUAUCGGGUCUAAGAAGCUUGCAAUGCCCGUAUGUGAUGUUUUAUGGAAGGACAGCCAGAAACUAGAGAAAAAUCUGAGCAUGAUGGAGGAAUUGAAUAAAUAUCCUAACAUCAAAAAAUUGGUCGAGAAGAUUCUAUUCAAUUGCUUCGGUAUCCUUUCCUUUUACAGGGGUCAAUUUCAGGAAUCGCAGCGGUUCUUGCUGCACUCUUUAAAGCUUCACAAGAACACCGCGUCGCAAAAUACGGCGAUUGCAAAACAGUAUGAUCAAUAUCUAAUUCUGGAAAACUUAUACUAUCGUGGUCUAAUUUCUGAAGACAUUAAUAUAAUGCAAAAUAUCUUUUACAAAGAACUAUUAACACAUGUGGUUGCGAUCCCUCCUGAAUCAAACGGGCUUCUUUUCGAGUAUAUCACUAUGAUUGUCGCAACGUUAAAGUUCAAUCAAAUCCAAGAUUUAGCAAGUAAUCUGAAAACUACUGCCGAUAAUCCCUUUAUCCUUUUUCUUUAUGUUAUAAAGAAGUUCCAGUCACCUUCCCAAAAACACAUUGACAAUGAUGACCUUUAUUUGAAAUUUGGGCAAAAUAUUUUAUCAAAGGCUAAAUUCCCCAGUGCGAGUGAGGCAAAUAACGAAAACUUAGAGCACUUCAUCGUUUUUUUGCAGUAUUAUUUCAAAUUCACUUACAUCAAUGAUAUAAAAGUGAAUCUUGGCUGGCACAAUUUCAUAAUAUCCUCCAUGGAAAAGACUUUUCAAAGCAUUGAGGUUUCGAAAACAGCAAUGCUUCUUUUCCAAAAUCUCAGCAAAAACUGUAAUGAUGAAACUAAAAAAAAAACAAUGAAGAAAGAAUCUAUAUUGAAUUUUGUUAAUUUUGUGAAAUAUAACGACAAAUACUAUCAACUACACGAUAACUCCCAUCGUGACAUCAUUUCUUUCAUAGACGCCUAUGCAUUUAUUCUACAAGAUUCUUCCAAAGUAGAUUCAAUCGAAAAUAUCUUCGAUUAUGACAGUACAGUAUCUAUGUUCGCCACUUCCUUAGAUUCCCUUUACAAAGAGUAUAAUUUGCCACUAACGAGUCAAGCAGAAUCCUUAGAUUGGCUAGAAAACAAUACCAGAUGUGUAUAUCCACAAAACGUUUCAAAAGUUCUUGCAAAUGCAUGGUCGACUUUGUAUGAAAUUAGAAAAUAUCAGUUGGAUUUUCUUAUAUCUAAUGAUUUGACUUCAUAUUUAUGUAAUGCAAUGAUGUUAUCAACAAAAGAAAAAAACAGUGCUGAUGUUGAGGAGGAGGAAAAAGGAGAGGAUGAGAAGGCAUUACGUGAAUUACAAUUUAAAUAUUCUUACACUCUAGCACAACAAAGACACAUUGAAACUGCAAUCAAGACCCUAGAAUCCUUGAUACUGAGUAAGAAUCCCAACUACUAUAAAGCUUGGCACCUAUUGGCUCUUUGUAGGUCCGUUCAAGAGGACAAAGAAAUAUCGUACAAAAUUGUUUGCUCUGUUCUAGAGGCCAUGAACGAAAGCCUUCAAAAUAACACUUUACUCUUACAUGAUAGAUGGCAGUUCAUUCACCUGAAAUUAACCCAAUUAGCUAUCAUUGAAGAAAUUUUCGGCACUUUGGAAGCACUAGAGACACUUCCAGAGGUCUUCGAACUAUACACAACCUUAUUCUCAGACUCAAAACCUGAAUUCAGUAGUAUGGGUCCUAAAUAUUCUCAAACUAAGGAAUAUCUUCUACAAAUGAUUUGGAUCUUCGCUGCUAAUAUGUACAUGAGAACUAAAGACAACGAUGAGGAUGCCAAGGCUGCAAUAAAAGAAGCUAUCAAUGUAGAAAGUAAAUUUAAGAACCUAAAUUCUAAUAUUGCCAACGGUUACUUAUCAAUAAUAAAAGAUGAACCCAACGUCGCGUUAAAGGAAUUUGAAACUGUAUUGUACUACGAUGAGAAUAACUUAGAUGCCUUGAUCGGGUUCGCAGAGUUGAUAUUUCCUGAAGAGUUAAGUAUAGAUGAGAAAAAUCUCGAGAGUUAUUAUACCCUCAGUCUCGAGGAAAAACCGAGUAAGAGAGCUCAACUUACAUUUGUGAAUGAAACGGAUAGGUCAGCAGCGUAUGCAAGAUUAAAAUUUCUGCUGGAGUGCGCGAUACUAGAAUCAAUCGAUGCUUAUUAUUCCCCAGAGGUAUGGUGGUAUUUGUCGCUCAUCUACGAAAAAUAUCAAGAUGACGAAUACAAAAAUUCUCUAUUAAAAUGUGUUAAAUAUCAAGAAUUAAAUCCCGUUCGCUCUUUGAGAUUUUGUAACUAUUGA